AUGGAAGGAUAUGUACAAUAUUGUGAUGAAGAGUGCAAGCAGAGAGCAAAAUAUUAUGAUGAAGCUGAUGAGAUGUAUUAUUGAGAAUUACAUUUCAGGAAAAAUAACCAACCAAAGAGUGCAAUUAGACUCACAUCACAAAGUGAAGUUAAAGAUGAUGUUAACCUCCUUGAGAAAGGUCUCAAGACCUUCUUAAUUUUUAUUAAAGAGAAUUACGAUAGAAGAUCUCAGCCAAAUCUGGAGGAAAUCUAUGAGAAGUUCUCCAAAGAGCUUGAUAAGCUCAACAAGCAAAUAAGGAAAGCUGAAUCCCAUCAUCAACCUUUCUUAUUUGCCAAGUAUAAAUAAGCAGGCGGAGCUAAUGAAGAAAGCAAUUAAUGGUGAAAUUGAUUUCAAUGAUUUCACAAAUAACUUCUUCUGGAAUCUUUUGAAGGAAGAAGGUAGAACCCCUUCUUCUUCGCAACUUAUUUAUGACAUUUACAGAAACCUAGAGGAAGUUGAUCUUCAUCAAGAAGAGUUUAUCAGGAGAAAUGCUCAUAUCAAGAAAUUAAAGGCGAGAAUAAAAGAGUUGAAAUAAAGAAAUCUCCAGACUCCAGGAAUCCAAAGAGCCUUCUUCUCCCACUGACUCCAUUCCUGAAAGCAGCUCCUCAGCCUCUUCUUCUGAAGAAUUUGAGUCACCUCUGCAAGAAGAGAUGAAAUAAAGAUUCUAGGUGCCGUGAAUUUGUGGAAAAGAUAGAGAAAGAGAAGGAAGCUGUUAUUGGGUUGGAAGUACCAUACGGCAGGAAAUUACUUGGGCUGGUGGACAAGGAGUUAUUGUCCGGUGUGAAAAGAAUCAUUUUGGUGUCUGUCAGGAUGAUUAAUAAAAACCAACUCCACUCCUUCAUCUCCAUAACCCCUCCAAACCUGACCUACUUCUACCUCAGCUUAGGAGACUCCGCUGCAAAGAUCUCCCCCUACCUCCCUUCGAUCCUCCUCCUAAGUUCCAAAAUGAAAGGGAAACUCUGGAUUCACUGGUGCAGAAUCACUAAGAAAGAGAGAGACCUGAUGAACCAGACUUUUGGAAAAUCCACACUUGUGUACGGUGAGUUUAGGAUUUUGAUAUGUAGGUGGUAA